AUGUCCUCGCGCACCAAACGAAGGGCGGAGCCGUCGGAGAGCGACAAGAAGAAAAGCAAGAAGUCGAAGCGCGAUGAAGAGUCUGAGGAUGAAGUCGGCGGCAGCGACGAUUCUGAUGCUGGGGUCGAUGAAGAUGAGCUUGGUGCGCUCGAUACGAGCAAUAUCAUCACAGGAGGGCGCAGGACCCGCGGUGUCCGCAUAGAUUACACCAAGGUCCAGAAUCUCGACCAGUACGAUGAAGAGGAGGAAGAGGAGGAAGAGCGUCCUCAAAAGAAGAAACCGAAGGCAAAGGCAGUUACCAAACUGCCCGCCAGCGCAACAUCGAAGCAGAAGCAGAAGAAACCCGGCUCUUCUUCCUCGUCCAAGGCUAAGGAGCAACCCGCAUCGUCGUCGAAGUCGUCGAAGCGGGUCGUCGAGUCUGAGGAGGAAGAGGAAGAGGAGGACAAGGGUAACGGCGACGAAGAGGAAGAAGAGGAAGCCGAGGACGAAGAAGACGAGUGA